GGUCGGAAACAGUCCGUGUGUAAACUCGACGUGUCCGGAAAGGUGCGCGCCGCUCCCCGCCUCGCUCCGUGCCCGGCCGCGGGGCGCGCCCGCCCAGAGCGAUGCUGGACCCUUCCUCCAGCGAGGAGGAGUCCGAUGAGCUGCUGGAAGAGGAGCGGCGGGACGUGCUGGUGGCGGCGGGCGGCGGCUCUCCGCGCUCGCUGCCGCCGGCGCCCCGGGACUCGCGGGGCAGGGAGGCCGGGGCGGCACGGGCAGCCAGCCCCAGCCCUUCGGUGCUGAGCGAGGGCCGGGACGAGCAGGAGCGCCUGCAGCGAGAGGAGCGGGAGAAGCGGCUCCGGCUGCAGCUCUACGUGUUCAUCGCGAGGUGCAUCGCGCACCCCUUCAACGCCAAGCAGCCCACGGACAUGGCCCGCCGGCAGCAGAAGCUCAACAAGCAGCAGCUGCAGGUACUGAAGGAACGUUUCCAGGCCUUUUUGAACGGGGAGACACAAAUCGUAGCAGAUGAAGCGUUUUGCAAUGCUGUGCGAAGUUACUACGAGGUAUUUCUCAAGAGUGACCGGGUUGCAAGAAUGGUCCACAGUGGAGGAUGUUCUGCAAGUGACUUUAGAGAUGUUUUUAAGAAAAACAUAGAAAAGAGAGUCCGAAGUUUGCCGGAAAUUGAUGGAUUAAGCAAAGAGACAGUAUUAAGUUCUUGGUUAGCCAAAUACGAUGCCAUAUACAGGGGAGAAGAGGACUUGUGCAAACAGCCAAAUAGAAUGGCCUUAAGUGCUGUAUCAGAGCUGAUUCUGAGCAAGGAACAGCUUUAUGAAAUGUUUCAGCAGAUUCUAGGGAUCAAAAAAUUGGAACACCAGUUGAUUUAUAAUGCCUGCCAAUUGGAUAAUGGAGAUGAGCAAGCAGCACAGAUAAGGCGUGAACUAGAUGGACGACUACAACUGGCAGAACAAAUGGCAAGGGAAAGAAAAUUCCCAAAAUUUGUAACAAGAGAAAUGGAGAACAUGUACAUAGAAGAGUUGCGGUCUUCAGUGAAUUUGCUGAUGGCAAAUUUGGAAAGUCUGCCCGUGUCUAAAGGUGGGCCAGAAUUCAAACUGCAGAAGUUAAAGCGAUCACAGAAUUCUGCAUUCUUGGACAUUGGAGAUGAAAAUGAAGUUCAGCUGUCAAAGUCUGAUGUGGUUCUCUCCUUCACAUUAGAGAUUGUUAUAAUGGAGGUACAAGGUUUAAAGUCAGUUGCUCCCAAUCGGAUUGUCUACUGCACCAUGGAAGUGGAAGGGGGUGAAAAGCUUCAGACCGACCAAGCAGAAGCUUCCAGGCCACAGUGGGGAACCCAAGGGGAUUUCACCACUACUCACCCUCGGCCUGUUGUCAAAGUAAAACUCUUUACAGAAAGCACCGGGGUGCUGGCACUUGAAGAUAAAGAACUGGGAAGAGUUGUGUUAUAUCCAACAUCCAAUAGCCCAAAGUCUCCUGAUCUGCAUAAAAUGAUAGUUCCCAAAAACAGCCAGGACAGUGACCUGAAAAUUAAACUGGCAGUGAGAAUGGAUAAACCACCUCACAUGAAGCACUGUGGGUACUUGUAUGCUCUAGGACAGAAGGUUUGGAAGCGAUGGAAAAAACGCUACUUUGUCCUUGUUCAGGUUAGCCAAUACACAUUUGCAAUGUGCAGUUACAGAGAAAAGAAGUCUGAGCCUCAGGAACUGAUGCAGCUAGAAGGAUACACUGUGGAUUACACAGCUCCUCACACAGGUCUUCAGGGUGGUCGAAUGUUUUUCAACGCUGUUAAAGAAGGCGAUACUGUGAUAUUUGCCAGCGAUGAUGAGCAAGAUAGAAUACUCUGGGUUCAAGCCAUGUACAGAGCCACAGGUCAAUCUUACAAGCCUGUUCCUGCAAGUCAAGCUCAGAAGAUGAAUCUUAAAGGAGGCAAUGCCAACACAGAUAUAUCCCCACUUUCUGGCAAAGAUACAGACCGUGGCCAGAAACAUGGCAUGGAUGAGUUUAUUUCUGCUAAUCCCUGCAAAUUUGACCAUGCUUCCCUCUUUAGACUGCUUCAAAGACAGACCUUGGAUCACAGAUUGAAUGACUCCUAUUCUUGUUUGGGCUGGUUUAGCCCGGGUCAGGUCUUCGUGUUGGAUGAAUACUGCGCUCGCUACGGGGUGAGAGGCUGUCACCGCCAUCUCUGCUAUCUCGAUGAGCUGAUUGAAUAUUCAGAAAAUGGUUCUGUCAUUGAUCCAACUCUGCUCCACUACAGCUUUGCAUUUUGUGCUUCUCAUGUUCAUGGUAACAGGCCAGAUGGAAUUGGAACAGUAUCUGUGGAAGAGAAAGAACGGUUUGAGGAAAUUAAGGACAGACUUUCCUCUCUUUUAGAAAACCAAAUAAGCCAUUUCAGAUACUGUUUCCCUUUUGGACGUCCUGAAGGAGCUUUAAAAGCCACACUUUCAUUACUUGAAAGGGUUUUAAUGAAAGAUAUUGCCACUCCCAUACCACCAGAAGAGGUGAAGAAAGUGGUUAGAAAAUGUCUGGAGAAGGCUGCCUUGAUCAAUUACACUCGACUUACAGAAUAUGCCAAAAUAGAAGCAACAGCGGAAAAGGACUCAGAGACCAUGAAUCAAGCAACACCUGCAAGAAAACUGGAAGAGGUUCUUCACCUUGCAGAACUCUGUAUUGAAGUAUUGCAGCAGAAUGAAGAGCAUCAUUCUGAGGGAAGAGAGGCAUUUGCUUGGUGGCCAGAACUGCUGGCUGAGCAUGCAGAGAAGUUUUUGUCUCUGUAUUCUGUCGAUAUGGAUUCAGCACUUGAGGCACAGCCACAGGACUCCUGGGACAGCUUCCCGCUUUUCCAGCUGCUGAAUAAUGCCCUCAGAAAUGACACACUUUUGUGCAAUGGAAAGUUUCACAAGCACUUGCAAGAAAUUUUUGUUCCAAUGGUUGUCCGCUACAUUGAUCUCAUGGAAUCAUCAAUUGCCCAGUCCAUUCACAGAGGUCUUGAACAAGAGUCAUGGCAACCUGUCAAGAGCAUCACCAACAGUCUUCCUAAUGUAGCUCUUCCAAAAGUUCCAAGUUUGCCUCUUAAUCUUCCACAAAUACCUAACUUUACCACACCAACCUGGAUGACUUCUUUGUAUGACUCCACCAAUGGAUCGGCUACAUCAGAAGAUCUUUUCUGGAAACUGGAUGCUCUGCAGAUGUUUGUUUUUGAUCUUCACUGGCCAGAACCAGAAUUUGCCCACCAUUUAGAGCAGAGACUUAAACUCAUGGCCACUGACAUGAUAGAAGCCUGUGUUAAAAGAACAAGAAUUGCAUUUGAACUGAAGCUGCAAAAGACAAACAAAUCAACAGACUUGCGGAUCCCUUCUUAUCUGUGUACAAUGUUUAACGUGCUAGUUGAUGCCAAGAAACAGACAGCUAAACUCUGCAUACUGGAUGGGGGGCAAGAGUUUGCUAGUCAAUGGCAACAAUACCAUUCAAAAAUAGAUGACUUGAUUGACGAAACUGUUAAAGAAAUUAUUUCACUUCUUGUUUCAAAGGUUGUUUCAGUGUUAGAAGGUGUGCUGUCUAAAUUGUCAAGAUAUGAUGAAGGUACUUUCUUCUCAUCAUUAGUUUCAUUCACUGUAAAAGCAGCUGCCAAAUAUGUUGAUGUUCCGAAACCAGGAAUGGAUCUAGCAGACACCUACAUUAUGUUUGUUCGGCAAAACCAGGAUAUCCUUCGAGAAAAGGUCAAUGAGGAAAUGUACAUAGAGAAGUUAUUUGAUUUUAUCUUAAAUAGAAGUUCCUAAGGGAAAAAUAAAGAUGCAAAAGGAAUAAAUGUGGGGGCAUCAUGAUGACCCCCCACACACACACACAUGACUUUGGGGGCGCUUUCAGAGUUACCAAGACUUUACAUCUUUCAGAAUUGUAUGAACUCAUCAUUGCUGAGGUAAGAGUCCUCAUUUAAGUGAAUGAUAUCUAUACCUAACUUGAAAUACAGAUAUACCUUCUAAACCUCUGAGUGUUUUCAAAAAAUAUAUGAAUGACAUUUGUGUCCCUUAUAACCUUUAACAUUCAACAAAGGCAAUCAGUAUGACUAUUCAUACUUUGCAGAAAGGGAAAUAAAUUAUGAAACUUAAGUCAGGACCUUUUUUCAGCUUUUGCUGUUUGCAUUUUUAAGAAAUAACUUACUUAUUUUUUCAGUAUUUAACAUUUUUUAAAAUGUGCUAGAAGUUCCAUGGUCUGCCUGUAGUGUUCUUUAUCAUAAACUUGAAGCAAUAUAAUAGCAUUGUCCUUUAAUAAAAACCAGGCAUUUUAGCACUUAAAUUUUAACAUGCUCAUGUUUUGUCUUGUAUUAGCUCAUUAUUUUCUCAUUUUAGCUUAUGCUGCCUUUGGUGUACAGUGCGUUUGGUGAGAAGUAUACUUUUUGUUGCUGUUUCUGGUAGGGCAAGUAAAGCUGAAGGAAGUAGAAACAUCCUGUUGUUGUCUGAGUGACUAAAUUCCUGAUCAAUAGUGUGAUAAAGGCUUCUGCAGGAACAUAAAAUGCAGCUCCUAGAAAAGCUGUUCCCCUGCCAUACUCAGCAGAGAAAGCAUUAUGACAAUCCCCAUUUAUCAGGAGCAGUCAAGGUAUAGAAACUCGACGGGGUCUUGUGUCUUAGGCGUUAGGGAUACCAGCCCUAGAAAGACUCAACCAUUGUGUAUUGCUAUGUAUUGAGCCUCCUUCCAGGUGGCAAACAGCUGCACCUUUUUAUAAAUCUUCAAAAUAAUUCUUCAAAAAUAAAUUCAAAGUGCUUGCUUUCAGCCGAUAAGUGUUAUAUUUAAUUGAACCAUUCUGCGAAUGUUAUAGCUCAGGCACCCAGAAAGAUGGUGAAUAUUUAUUAUAUUUGUUUUGUAUUUCCACCAGUCAGCAGAAUAAUGAAAUUCCUUAACUACUUCUCUUUAACUUGCCUGAAGAAAGCACGGUAUGUUGCUAAAUCGCUUUUCACUAGCCCUGCCGAGAAACAACUUUAAUCCUUGUUAGAAAAUUGCAGAGUCUGGGCCUGACAAAGAGCUCAUGCCUGGCGCAUUGUGAGCGCUGGGAGCGGGGCGAGGGGAGCCCUUUACAGCUGCGUGCCUCCAGCCCGUCUGAGCUGGACUAUUUAGGAGAGGAGGUUUGUCAAUUCCUCCUGACAAUGGAACGAGUUUUUCAGUGCCUGUAGCUGCGCCGAGCCCCGUUGGGGAUCAAUGCUGGCCAUUCAAGCUGCACCCUCUUUCAUUGCUUUGGUUUGUUAAUUUAAGACUAAAGGUCUGCUGAGGGGGUUUAGGGUGUUUAAGAAAGCUGAUGAACUGUUUAAGAAAUCUGAUGAACUGAGAGCGUUUAUAGCCCUGGUGUGGCAACUAUUGGCACUGAGGGAGCUGUGUCCUUGUUGACCCUCUUGUUAUUAAAAAUGCACAAGUGCUGCGCUUCUCAAUAUUUCAACACUCUUUCAUUGUCAAUACCACCUUCUGAGCCCUUCAGCUUGUUGCUUGCUCUAAAGAUCUUCUUAGAUUGGGUUUGAAAACUUCACCUUAAACGCUAGAUUAGACUGAUGUUCUGUUUUCCGUGCUCCUGUUGAUUUGUUGAACCUUCCCAGGGCUGGAAAGCAAGUAGCAGCUUGAUGGGGAGACGGGCUGCUAAUAUGAUUUACCAGUGUACAGUCAUGCACAAUAAGUGUGAAUGAAUACAAGGGUCUCACAGAGUCAACCCUAGCCUUUCCUUUUCUCUUAUUUUUUACUUUGAAAGAGGUAUCUCAGGAAAAUGAAGUGAGUAAUGCAUGCCCUUACAGGAGUUGGAUGGGCUGUGAAUAAGGAGAGAGGAUGAAAUAGCGAGGCUAACAUUUUUGUUAAAGUGGUUGGCUGCUGUUAUUUGCUGAUUUGGAAAAAAUGUAUCAUAAGCACUUACUGCUUUACUCUUGCAUAGACAAUAGCAAAGAAUGUGACAGUAGUACCAUAUAAUGAACAUCUGCAAGAGACACAUUAUCUUUUCACUGCUAUUGUUGCUAAUAGGAAAGUUACUUUUUCCUAAAACCAGUUAAAAACAAUUGUUGUUGUUGCUGUCGGUUUUACUGGGUAAUCUCAAGACAAUUAUCCAGUCACUGAAGUUUUGGGGUUUGCAAUAGAUUGCCAUCAGUCACAGUAGAUCCAUCCCUGUCUCUCUAACAUGCUCAUCGUUGUCAAAAUGUGUGGCCUUGGAUUCUCUGAGAGGAAUUUGCAGUGCUGUUCUUUUUAACAGACUCAAAAAGAAGUUAUAGGGAAAUCUUUAUUUUCUAGUUAUCCAGCAGAUUUAAGUUUAUGCAGCUUCAGCCUAUACUAGUCCUCAAAACUAGUGGAUGUAAGACCAAUCAUUAACAAGAAUCCUACCCACAAGUAUCUCUGUGAGGAUUCUACAAAUAUACUGGAUGUGAUUUUUAUUAAAAAUAUGGUGACAAUUAAAAAUAAAAAUACACUUUUUUCUAGUAAAACAGUAUUCAUAUUUUUUCUGAACAAGAUAUGUUGACAGAAGAGCAUGUACUGUAGUAUCAUUUCACAAUCACCAAAUUAAACAUUUGUACUGAAAUUUUAAUGCAUCAAAGCUAGUAAAAAAAACAUAUUAUAUUGCUUUCAUUCAUUAAUGAGUAGAAAAAGAACUUCCUCCAAUAUCUUAGCUUUUUUUUCAGUGCAUGUAAGAAUAUCACAGGUAUGUAGAGUUCAAAUUUUACAGCAUCCAUCUUAAAUAAGUUUCCUAGCUAGGCUUUUAAACAUUUUGCCAGAAAUCUGGAACAGUCUAUUUCAGUAAUCUGUCCCUGUUCAGUAUUGUUGCUUGGGAAAAUCAGUCUCAGAAUUUUCAAUCCUGUCUGGAGGUUGUUUGUCUGAGCAAGUUUGAGCCCAUUGUGUUUUCUACUUGAUACAUACAAAAUACAUAAUGGAUGCAUUACUGGAAGAAUAUCAGUUUUCAAAAAGCUGCCCUACUAAAAUAGUUCUCUUUACUAGGAUUGUGUGUGAGUGGUAAUAUAAUUUCUUGGCUUAUUGGUUGCAUUUGGAUAGAAUGUUUGAUGUAGGAAAUUUUAUGUUUAUUUAGAUCAAUAGAGUUCCCCAAUUAAUAAGUACAAUUGUAUUUUAUUCUCUAGACAUCUGUAUACGUACAACACCUGUCAUAUAAUUUACCACUUAGUAACAAGUCUCAUUAAAAAUAUUUUGCAGGUACUUACAAAGGAAAUCAAUACCAGCAUGCAUGUUAGGAAUGAAAUAAUGUAAAUAGGAUAAGAAUUCAUUCAGCAAUUUAAAAACAAUAUUUUAUGGAUAUCUAAUCAGUCAUACAUUUUAGUGACUAAAUCAAACUUUAUGAAAUAUGUAGCUGUCUGCCUUUUUUGUGGUGCGUUUUUUAACUUCUGUAAAAUUGCGAAUUAAUAGGAGAAACUCUAAAAAAUAGAAGUAAUUUAUUUUCAGUGAUUUAUAAUUAAAAUACAAUUGGACACAUUCAGAAAAUUAACAGAAGAAUUAUUAGAUUAAUAUGUAAUUUUAAAUAUCUUAAAACUGAUAGUUACAUUGUGAUGAGACUGUUCCCUGUAAGGAAAAGGUAUUUGUAGUUAUUUACUGUAUGUUUUUCAAGCUUUUUACAGCGAGCUUACAUUUUGAUGGAAGAAUUUUAUUUCUUUCUUUUGUAACAUCCAGUAGAAAGUAAUUUGUCUUCAAUACAUAUUUUCACUGUAUAUUUAAUUUUUUUUUUCAUAUGGAGGUGGGUAAUGAGACAUGUUAGAUACUUUCUUUGAAUUACUUUCACAAAAUAUACCUGCCUAACAUGAGGCAUUUUAAAAUAGGCACAUGAUUUCCUCUCUUUGCAUAUCUCUGUAUUUUGCAAAGACACAGGAAAUUAUAUUAGAUAAUAAUUUAAGCCUCUUUCCUGAGGGAAAAGAGACUAGAUACAGAGCUAUGACACAAACUCUUUUAAUCUCCCACUGUUAAAAUGAAAAAAAAAAAAAAACAAACCUUCCUUUUUACAGUUUACUAAAUGACAUCUGGUUGUGAUUUUACAGGAGGGAGAAAAAAUGCUACAACUAUUUUUAGUAAAAUCUCUUCUAAUCCAGUUAAUGUGAAAGAACUAUUACAGCAGCUAUUUGGAACUGAGCAUUUUUUACAGUAACAUAGACACCAACAGUGGAGGGCUUAUUCUUAACCCAUCCAUUUGUGAAGUGUUGAGUGAAAAUUUACCCAUGCCUAAGACAUAAAAAAGAAAUAAGGUAGGCUGUAAUUAUAAUUAGUAAUUAAUGUAAAACAAAACUUUAAUAUGGUUAUUUUGGGGAGGGUGGAGUAGUGUUUUGAUCAUAUUUAAAAACAGUUUCCAGGGAUUUUUGAUAUUUUUUUUUACUUAAUGAUGGAGUGAUUAAAAAAAUAAAAAAAUAAAGAAAAAGACAAAUUCCUUUUUCUCUGGUACUGUUUUCCUGUUUGGAUUGAAAAAUCUAGUUAUUGUAAAUUCUCUCUCAAGAUACUCUGCCUGUUUCUAUCCUUGCUGUUUUAGCUGUCAAUUCUCUCCUGUAAUUGUAUCUUUAAUAUCCAUUCUCACUGACAGAUAACAAAGUGCAUAACGCUAUUUUGCUUGAACAUGUUGUAACUGAAAGAUAAAAUGGCAGGUGCUAAUUCGUGUAAAGAAUGGUUUAGGUCAAGUUAUUUGAUUUCCUACUGACCCAUGCAAUUCUCAUAACAGGAAAUUAUAUCAUUGUUGACUUCAAGUGCUGAUCUGUGAUCAUUUCAAAGUGUUUCAUUACCUCUCAUUACCAAAUCUGUUAAAUGAAUACUGCAGGGUUAUUUGGUGGUGUUUGUUGUUGGUUUUUUUAUCCUUCUUUUCAGCAAUGGUAUAGCAACUCCAUGAAAGUCAUAUGCAUGUGGUUGGCUGACAGAUUAGACGUUCAGCUUCACAUCUACCAGCUGAAGACUCUCAUCAAGAUAGUGAAG